AUGGCUGCACGGCCAAAGGAGCGGCUGAAGCGCGCCUGCGAGGAGCCACCAGAGCCACCGGCAGUACCGCAGCUUCCAAGGCCACAAAGCGCCCAUCGUCAAGCGCGGAAGCAGGAGCAGCAGACGCUGCACCAACCAGCAUUGCCCCGGAAGGUGCGACCUCCGCAGCUGGCGUCGGCGCGGCCCGUGCUCAAGCCUUCGUCGGAGACGCAGUUGGCACCGUUGCUGCACCCGGCAUCCGUCGUGGCAGCAUCGCGGCUGAUGCAAGAGGCCUACACUUCCGACACCGACCUUGGCGAGACUACUGACGAGGAAGAGAUCCAGAGAUGGUCUCCACCCUCCAGCGCCUCAGAGGGCUCAGACGGCCUUGUGGCAUCUGCCUGGCGUGCAGUGUCUCGGCUUGCAAAUUGGCUCACGCCUGCACCGCUGGAGCGCUUUUGGGGAAAGGUCCAUUGCCAGAUGCUUCCAGAAGUUUGCUGCUCACCACCUCUUCAACCGCCUGAUGAGGCUAAGACCUCCAUAACAGUGGCGCGUGCUGAUGUGAAAAAGGACAGCAGGAGUUAA